AUGCCCCGGCCAGAAAGGCAAAAGAACCCCAAUCGGUGCAGGCCAAAAUCCAAAGGAGGCUGUGCUCGAUGCAAGCAACGGCGACGUAGAUGUGAUGAGACAAAACCGAGCUGCCAGGAAUGCUUGAGAAAGGGGUUCACCUGCCCUGGCUAUCAAAAGAAACCUCUUGAAUGGCGAUAUGUCUUCAAGGAUGAAGAGCAGCAAGAUGGCGACCAGGCAGUUCUUUCGCCUCCAGAAGAAUUGCUACCAUCAACUUUGUUAGAGCAGGAGAAUGCAAACGUCACAGCUAGCCAAGCCAUCCAGGCGGGCCAGACGAAAGAGUUGCAAGAGCUUUGGGAUGAAGCCAACUCAUCGCUCUUUGAUCAACUACCAGACAUCGAGACGUCUUCUGGUAGAUUCUCCAAAUUUGAAGAUUUAACAAACAAUAUAGCGACCAUCAAGGAUGGAGCGGAAUCGGAUGACAGUCUGGCGGUUCUGAGGCGGCGAAUCGCAGACACACCAAUACCAUAUUUCCUGAUUCAAAUGCCAGCCAUCCUGGUACAAUACUAUUUUGAUUACGUGUGCAAGGCAUGGUCAUCUUUUGACUCCCCUUUGAACCCAUUUCGUCUCAUAGUUAGCCGCCUCUGGAGCAGGAACGCGGCCAUCUACUAUGCCAUUCAGAGCAUGGCUGCGGCAUCCCUGGCCAACGAUCUUCCGGGCAUGAGGGCCAUUGGGAGGCAGACACAGCAGCAAGCAAUUGCCUGCUUACGCAACAACCCUCGAAUUGGUACUUUGCAUCGAGAUAAUCAAGACGAUGAGUUCUUUUUGGCUCUGCUCAUGAUUGGACUGACUACAGCCUGGCACGAUGCUGCUGAUCUGGGGCUGGAAUACCUGAAGGAGGCAAAAGACCAUCUCAACAAACAGCAGCAGAUGUGCCAGAGUCCUGACUCGCUCUUUGCCAAGCAGUACCCAUUGUUCCAACAGUGUCUUCUGUACUGGAACAUGCUUGCUGCAUUUGUUGCGGAGGAUUCUUUACUUCUCAAUGAAGAGAGUGUCUUGGAACGACCUGACCCAGAAACCUCCGUCUACCUCAUCGAUGGACAGACUCUUCCACAUCCUUGGACAGGCCCACUUUCCAAGGCACUGAGGCUUUUUUAUAAAACAGCCCGAGUGGUUCGAGCAGCACGCAUCUCUCAUCGCACCCGAGUUGAUAAUAUUGAUUUUGCAACAUUCGAUUUUGACUACUUGGUCGAAGAGAUCAAGCUGCGGCAGAAAGCCGAGCGCCUAGAGGAAGAUAUUUUAUUCACAGGACUCUCAUCUUAUUGUGGACCAGUAGAUAUUGGUGAUACAAAUACGCCUCCUGCCCAUUUUAUAAUUCUGGCGGAGGCUUAUCGCUGUGCGGGUCUUCUACAGAUCUACCAUGUCUUCCCAGACAUCCUUGAUGAUCGGCUGCGUCUCAAUCAGAGAUUUGACAUUGAUACUCCAGCACUUUUCUCCGUUUUAUUUCCCGAAGAUUCCCCAGCGCAAUCUCCAGAAGAUAUGCGCCGCAUUUUAGCGCUACAUGUUGUGUCACUUCUUGACCAGCUUCCAUCUACAUCAGGAACACGCUUUAUGCAGCUUGUUCUCCUGACUUGCAUUUCUAGCGAUCUUGUGUUUUCUAACCAGUCAGUCUUUGGGCCAGGAUCGAACCCUCUCGCUUGCCUUAACACUCUGGAUGUUGAUGUCGCCCAGGGAAGGCGGCGAGUCAAUACCCGACUAUCAGAGCUUACUUUGAUUAUUCCCAAGUUGCCCAUGCAACGUGUAUCGGGGAUUGUACAUGAGGUUUGGGACAGAGCAGACUCAGGAUUGGGCAUAUACUGGCUGGACUUGAUGAUUGAAAGAAAUCUUGAAACGAUAAUGGGUUAA